AUGGUCCUGCCUUUCGGUGUCAGGUCAGCUCCAUAUAUCUUCACAUGUAUAGCAGAUUUAGUGGAGUGGAUGGCCAAGCGAAACAACGAUGUCACCUUCCUGAUGCAUUACCUUGAUGACUUCCACACUCUUGGCUCUCCCGGCUCCUCUGUCUGUCCUGUCCACAAUCUGGACAGGUUUAUUGACUGUUUUUCUAAGCUUGGCAUCCCCCUCCAUCUAGACAAACAAGAAGGGCCGUCGACAUGCCUAACCAUCCCGGGCGCGCUUUCCUCAGGGCAAAUUUGAUAGGAUAACUGACUCGAUGGAGGAUUGGUCACAGAAGCGUUGGUUCAAGGAACUGGAGUCUCUAAUAGGUCACCUUCAGCAUGCCUGCAAGGUCGUACUCCAAGUUCGCUCUUUCUUGCGCCGAAUGAUCAACCUGCUAUGUGCUUUUCGUUGGAUGACCACCCGAUUCGUCUCAAUCAGGAGUUCUUUCUUGACCUAGCCUGGGGGCAAGAGUUUUUCCAGUCUUGGAAGGGUUGCUGCUUCCUUCAGUACUCCCAGUGGGAUCCACUCCCCGACUUCGAGGUUUCUUCAGAUGCCUCUGGGGUUCUUGGUUACGGAGCAGUCUUCCAGGGACACUGGUUUUCAGGCUCUCAGUCUAUCGACUACAAGGAAAUUUUCCCUAUCGUCCUGGCAGCUUACCUCUGGGGUCCCCUAUGGGCCUCCAAACGGGUCAACUUCCUAUCAGAUAACCACUCAGUGGUGGAAAUUCUGCGGUCUGCAUUUCAAGAGCCCUUACCGUCAUGUCCUUGGUUCGCUAUCUGUCCCUGUUGGCAGCUCGUCACUCCUUCUCUUUCACUGUGUCCCCAGUAA